GACCUGGAUGAAUGCAAGGAUAAAAUUCAUCAGUGUGACGUCAAUGCCAACUGUACCAACAUUCCUGGCUCAUAUAACUGCACGUGCAGGCCUGGCUACACAGGAAAUGGGAACAUUUGUAAUGGUAUAAUUAGCUACCCAAGCCUUCACUUCAUUUUUUUGCAAGUAGUUAUGUUUUCCUUGUAACUUAAUAUUUUCUACUUCCUCUAUAAAUUGAUGAGUGCAAGGAUGGAAGCCAUGAUUGUCACAUAAAUACGAAUUGUACAAACACAGCUGGCUCUUACAACUGCACAUGCAGGCCUGGCUACACAGGCAAUGGGAGCAUUUGUAGAGGUAAAAAUUUGGGAAGACCUGAGAUAACCAAGACCUCAACCAGGUUGUGGCGUCCAGUGGUUUUAGUGAAAACAAGGAUUUGGGUGCCCGUGGGGUGCUCAGUCUCGCGGGCUCAUAUAACCUGGUCUCAGUCAUUCUUAUUUAAAGAUUUUCAAAAAUUUUCCGACUAAUUUUUAUGACGCGCCUUUAUAGAGUCGGGGCUUAUAGCUCCCUUUGAUACUCUUUCCCUAGUUAUACUUACACUUAAAACCAUGAAGAUGGUCACAUAAUUGUUACAGCAGUAAGCGCUCGAUCUCAACGAUCUUACGAAAGCAGUCUUUUACCUGCUCUUUGAACUUCAUCUUUUUAAAGGUUCUGUGAUUCCAAUAUAGGAGGUAGGUUUAUGUGUAAUUCUGGAAUUUUGGUUUUUCAGAUGUUGAUGAAUGUGCUGACAACUUACAUGACUGCGACGCUAAUGCAAAGUGUAAAAACAUCCCGGGAUCCUAUAGCUGUGUUUGCAACCCACCAUAUAAUGGAGAUGGGAAAAAGUGCAUUAAAACAAGUGAGUGUAGUAUUAAGCCCAGAAAUAUAAAAUGAUCCGAGUGAAAGUUGGAGGAGAAUGGGGGGGUUGAUGGCUUAGGGAUUGUUUACAUGGUAAUUGGGGACCCCAGGUAGGUGAAGAGACCCGCUUAGGUGGGGUAACCCGCCUGUCCAUAUAACUUCGCAUUUUAAUUUGAUCACGUUUACAUGUUAGGUGGGGUGACCCGCCACAUGUUACCUCACCUAUCUAGGGACCCCACCUGCAUGUAAACCGGCCAUUCGUUGGUACUGCGCCUUGGGUCCUAAUGACGUUUAGAGAAGGCAACAACUGCUUUAGGUCCUUUAUAGGGUGGAUUUCCACUGUCGCGUAAUUUUUACGUGCGUACGAGCAGAAGAAUUUAAUUACAUUCGCAAAUAAAAGAGAGGCAAUGUAUGAAGGAUGGCGCGUAAAAGUAAAAGUUUGGUUUAAACCUUUCACAAAAAUAGGCUAUCUCCGAAUUAUCACUUUCAAAAUGAAGCUGAGUGCAAAAUCUUUGUCGUGAAAAUGACUUUUAUUUGCAUGAGAAUAAAAAGUCAUUUUCAUAUCGCACUUAGCCUCUCUUGGAAAUAGAGGCUUAGAGCAACUGUUGAUUCGUAAUAUACCCGGGAAAGAUUACAGGCUUUCUACCUGUAGAGCACUUUUGAAUUAGUGACUGUAUAUAUGCAGAAGAGGUGGGGGACCUAAACGCAGAGAUCAACCUCACGAGGAGGAUUCUUGAAGGCAAAUGAACCCCAGUAUUUAGUAAGAAUUGUAGCAAGCAUUCAUGAUAAUAAAUUUAACUGUUUUCGUAUAGGAGCCUCUCUGUUGGCGAGUAACUGCGGACGUCGUUUUCGUCGCCCUUUUCUCAUCAAAUCGUCGGCUUUUCAGCAAAAUCGUCGCAUAUCAAUAGUUGUUUUGCAUGGUAACGCUACUGGGGCGCUCGACCAACCACGAUGACGGCGAAGGUAACGUGAAAAUAAAAAAAGCAUGCAACAGGUUUGAUUGAUAAACAGAAAAAAACCCCGAACGUGCAGCGCACUUUUUGGCAAAUUUCCUUGCCAUUGUCGCACGAGUGACGUUCUCAAACUUUAUCGAAAUGGCAAUGCGAUGGUACCUUUAGCCCCCGUUCAGACGUAUCCAGAUAUUUUUUGAAUCCGCAAAUUUUUCUUUGCGGAUUCGGCAAAAAUUUCCACGUCCACACGUGUCCGUAUUCAAAUCGAAUUUGCCCGUCCACACGUAUCCGGAUUCACUCUUAGUUAGUCAGCUAAUUUGUAAUAAAGCGAUCUUCGGCUCACGCGAAAAUUUUAUCGCCAGUCUGUUUCACUGAUAAAAUUGUCCCAUCAAGCACUAUAUUUCGCUCCUUUAACUUGUUUACCGCGUUCAAUCCGUCCGUCCUACAUGGAAGAAGCUUCCAAAUGUCAAACCGCCGUUUGGGAUAAUUGAAGUGUACAGUAAUCAUAGCUACAAUGAGGGACAAACGUGUAGAGACGCUUCUAUAAAAUGGCCUCUUAUGAACAGUGAACAUACCUAUCCCAUUCCCCUGUGUACCCCUACCCCUUUCCCGAAAACCAAUGUUGUGUUUUAGACCCUCAAGUCUUUCUUUAUCUACAAACAACAUUGAUUCGGGGGAUUUACGGCGUUUAAAUAGAAUGAAAUAAUAAAGGUAUGAAAUUGUUGAUAAAAGUACCCGUUUUAGACAAGUGCGUCAACUACUUUUGUCCCUGAUUGUAGGUUUAGCUGCACACACGUUAUACUAAAAAAAGACUUGAAACUGACGUAACAGAAGUAAAGAAGCGUUUAUGUUGCGCUGGGCACCGCCUUGAAUAUUCACGGUAAAGAACUGCGCUGAACGUUACUGUAUAAGAAAAUGUCUGGAUUUAGCACCCACUAGUCUGAAAUGUCAUACGUCUCCACCCCCUAACCCGUCGGGUCUCUCUUCCCCGCGCUCCUCACCGGUUAGGAGAUGGGGACGUGUGAUUCAGAAUGAGUGUCCACACGAUUCCGGAUUUAUAACGUAUUCAAAAAUUUCCUCUUUGGAGAGCGGAUUCAGAAAGUUGCGGAUUCACCGAAUACGUGUGGACGGAAGCCGGAUCUGCAAAGAAUCGAAAAAGUUGCGGAUUCAAAAAUAGCCGGAUACAUGUGGACGGUGGCUUAAUCUCUAAGAUUGUCGUUUCAUCAAGCGAUUGUCGCGACUUCGCCCAUAGAGAGUCUCAUAUACCUUUAGCAUGACUAUCCGUGCACAGCCACGCUGAGUGCAAUGUGCUGGAUCAAUGCGCUUUUCCGCACGCGAUCAUACCAAAGAUAUGAACCAAAGAUUUCUCUUUUAAGGUGGUUUUAGUGCAUCAACCAUUCUUGGCAACGACGGUAGGUACUUGGAGAAUUUGGCGUUGUUUUUGGAGCCCGUGAUAACUAGCUCAGUCCGUAGUAGGUUUGUGAGGUGUUGGCACGCUAAAGAGGACGGCUGGGCGGCGUCUACGUUCCACGGCAACUGUGAUGACAAGGGACCCACUGUAACUAUCAUUCAAGUCGGCAGUUUUAUAUUUGGUGGAUACAGUGACGUAACAUGGAAAGUUGCUGGUGAGUACAUGUAACAGGAGAAUUAGGACUUGUUUUUUUUUGUUUGCUAACAAUGAAGAACGAUAAAGUGGUACAGCGGCUUUUGGCUUGAGUACAUGUACUGUUAAAAAAAAGGAUGUUUUUCUGGUUACGUAAAACUCAAGGCGAGAAAGUAAUUCCUUAGGAAUCAGAAUUGGUCAUUUUCAUAAUGACGUCACUUGAUACAACUACCAGACGUUUGUUUUUCUCUAAUUCACAAUUUGAAUUAAAUUAUCCCGGUCAGGUUUAAAUCUUAUAAGAAUCGAUUUAGAAAUACAUUUUAAAACAAAAAAUUAAUGAUAAAAAAAAGUUGUCUUCAUGUCAUCAUUAUCAAAGACAGUAAAUACUUCCACGAAUCAUGUUAAUUUCUUAUCUUUUGAUAAUGAUGACAUGAAACCAUCGAAACUUCAAGUUACUUUUUUAUCGUUGAUUUAAGGUUUAAAUCACAACACCAAUAAACAUAAUCUUGCAAAAUUUGGUUUCGCCCUCUCCUUACAAAAACCCAUUAAGGUGCCAGUGGAAAGAAGAGGACGGCUCUGGUCCCAGCCUAAUUUUACUGAAUUAUCUUUAAAGUUCUCUAACUAUGAACUGCGGACUCUUUUUAAUGAAAAGUGUGACUUAAGAACUACCCCCCGGGUCACGGAAAUAAGAAGGAGAAAAAGGAAAAUUUUCCUUAAGUUUGUAAAAAGCAAGGUAGUUACAUCCGUGAACAUUCAUGAGCAAAGUUACUUUAAAAACUGAACGAACCACGGAAUCAAGGGGUUCAGCAAUGCAGAGGCUAAAUGAAAAAAAUGUAUCAGAUGCAUGUGUGAUACUGUCUGUCAUUUUUAUAGUCUUAAUGUAGUUUUCAGGCACUUCAAUAAUUCGAUAGAGCUGGAUUCAGUUAUGAUAUCACGUUAUACAUUCUAGUUUGCAACACGCUCUUUUCCACUAACACUGAGGGAUUCCAGUUUAGGGAGAGUUCCCUUUUUGCUAUAGUAGUUUGUUACUCCUCUAAAACUGCCUAAUUUUCUAAAAUAAUUUUCCCUCCCCCACUAAUUUCAAAGUUAAUACAGUGUCAUUACUUUACUCAAUACUUAGGAACAUUGAAAAAUUUAUACAAAUAGAGCAAAUUUUAAAAAUGCAGUUAUGCAUAGGUUGUCUAGGAAUGUCUGUAUGACAAGCCGGACUUGCACUCACUAUUUUAAACUGAAGUCCGGAUCAUUGAAUAUUCCUAGAAGUUAAUUUUUUAUGAGCGCCUUUAGUAAGGUCUGUCAGAAUUGUAAAAUGUCGUUAUUAUCUCCCAGGUGCUGGUUGUUCCUCUGGAGAUUCACGUAACGCCUUUAUCUACUCACUGACCAAUAACAACGGUUCUGGACACGCUGUAUUUAAUCCUGUUAAGCUGCGAGUCAAGUCAGAUAAGUACCAUAGAGCUGUACCAAGGUGUGAUUUUUAUGGACCUUUAUUUGGCGAGGGUGAUAUUAUCAUAUCAAACAACUCUGGUAGUAAACAGGAUUCUUAUACUUAUUGUGGCAAUAGCUACCCCCUCCCCCCAGGGUAUUCUCUAUCUGGUUCUAACUGUAAAUUCUAUGCUGGAAGCCACAAAUUCACGCCUACAGAUAUCGAAGUAUUCUAUGAAACAACCACUUAAAGAACUGUAUCCCGUGCUUUUGACUUUGUGCUUUUCAUUGUUGUUGUUUGUUUGUUUAUGACGAUAUGACUUUAAUGGAACGCAAUUUGAGCUCUUCCGCAUCCUUCGAUCCAGUUUUCCCUCUUCUUUACUUCCCAUCAUCCCUCGCACCCUUAUCCGUCCGCUCCGCUGGGGACCAAGCCUUCUUCUUUUACUUUAGGGUCUCUGUGGGUAGGUAAGACAGGUAAAAUUAAUAGUAUUACCAGCAUAGAUAACACGCCAAGAGAAACAGAGUUGCAGCUUACUAUUAUCAGAUAACAGUGAUAGAAAAACCUCACUGAGGCAAUAAGAGAGAUGGUGGCUUUUUUAUUAGCACUCUGAUUCGCCAGCUAUAAAAUAACAGGUAAACGUAAUUUUGAAAGAUGUACCGAUACCAAACCAGAUUUGCCUGAAAAUUGUCGACACUUGAGAAUGACACUAUUGAUAUCGUAUCGAACAUUCCAGUAUCUUUCAUAUACCUGGGUAAUGGUCUGCCUUUCAGUAGACACUUAUCAGGGGCACCCAACGACGGUUUUCUCCUAAUGAAUAUACUGAAAACACUUUCAUGCUAUCCAGAGUACCGUUCAGAAGCAUUUUAAGUGGCGCUGAAGAAUUUGUAUCUGUUCGGUCAUCCUGGGGGAACUUGAGUCUUUUCGAAAUUACAAGGGCUUGAGUAUAUUUUCCCGAAAAUUUUAGAUGAAAUUUGAUGUAUUACGAAAGUGAGGCAUUUUCUAAUUCCUCUCUCCAUGACAUUAUUGAAUCCGAAAAUGUUAGGUUUAGUUUUUCUACGAAAAAUAACGUAACUUGAGAAGUAAAAUGCGAAACUUGAACUUCAGCAAAUCGUAGGGAAUUAAUGAGAAAAUUCGAAAAUUGUACAUGAAUGGAACCGUCAUCUGGAAAUUUUUAGCCGUCAUCAAGAAAUAGAAAAUUCAUGGCAAUAUUUGCUUCUCCGAACAGAUAUUUACAUAAAACAGUCGUUAAGUGCCCCUGAGUUAUAUCACCCGCAAAAAUAUAAGGGAUUUUAAAAAUGUCAACAUUUCGUUCAGUUCUCUCUUGUAUCUGUUAUGUUAUCACGGCGGGCACAAAGAACUCAAAAAGCUCUAAGGACAGAGGAAAACAUCAGAAACUUACAGUGAUUUCUGACACGUGCAACCAGUGCAAAGUGGGAAAGCGUGCACUCGCCACUCUAUGAUUGAUUUCAGGGGCGGAUCCAGAAAAUUUUAAUAACGGGGGACCAAGUUGUGCACACUGGUGAAGCCAAUAACUUACUUCGUUAGAACAUCAUUCCAAACCGUUACACAUUCCUUUCUACUGCGAAGAACCUUGCUGUCAUGAUACGUGAUAUUCUAACCGUGCAGUGCCCAGCUUUGAAGCAAUUGUCUCUUGAGUUAAGUGAUAAAAUAGUUUUGUCCAGGUUUCGUCAAUUUCGUUAAGUCAAAAGUCCCCUCCCUCUGGAUCCGCCGCUGGGUUCAUUUCGGUUUUCCUAGAGGCAAACAACCACUUACCUUAAGUAAGGUUAAGUUAAGGUUAGGCGUUCUUAUAUAGAGGGUCUCCAUUCAAUCUCGUCAACCUGAUCCAAAUUUUCGCUCAAUCCCGUAAUCCCAACGGUUAUUAUUGGCAUCCCACAUCCUGAAUAUACUCUCAAUCCCGAAUCUCGCCCCCAUGCAUUUUGCUUUAAAAUCCUGAAUCCCGUCCUGCAACUUUUAAGGAAAUCCCGCAUCUGAAAAACCUACUGGGGACCCUCUCUAUAUAAAAAAAGUGUAUGUAAAUAGGCAACCGGUCAGCCUCGCAGCUGGUUGGGAUGUACAGCCAGUGCUAAGAUAAAUUUAAUGUCCAUUUUAUAGUUGGAGUUUGCCUCCAGCUUUACGGCAUGUUAGUUGACUGACAACACUCAUUAGUUUAAUUCUCUUUUGAUAGCAGAUGGUUUUACUAGAAGAGUGAGUUUCGUUAAUGUUUACAACAUGUAAUUUUAAAACAUCCUAAGAACGUUUUGAGGCUCAAAUCGCCUCAAAAAUAAGCAAGUUUAGUCUUGGCUCAGUUUCAGCUCAAAAUUAGGCGUUCUUACAUGGAGGGUCCCCAUUCAAUCUCGUCAUCUUGACCCAAAUAUGAAAAAGGUGCACCGUAUUUAUUCGAUUAACCGCCUUGAGCGCUUAUUAAAUUUUUGGACCUUGAAAGUGGGUGUUUAUUGAAUUUUCACCAUUUUCAGCAACUUUAGUAAUGUUUAUUUUGCAACAAAACAACAUCAAAGCAAGGUUUCUGUAAACUACUCUGAAGAAAACUCCGUCUUUAGGGAAGUCAGUAAGUGAAUUCUCUGGUGCUACCUCCUGGAUGUCCGACAUCGUAAAGCCGGCAAAUGGGUUACGUGCCCGAGAAGCAGAUACAGCUUGCUGGAUGGAUGUUAGGUGGUGGGCGCUUAUUCGAGGUUGGGCACUUAAUAACUUUUUCUGCCUUUAGGAUGGGCGCUAAUUCGAGGUUGGGCCCUUAUUCGAAUAAAUACGGUAUGUAAAUAGUCAACCACUAAUCCUCACAGCCGGUUGUGAUGUACAACCAGCGCUACGAUAAAUUUUGUUUCCAUUUUAUAGUUGGAAUUUGCAGUGUCUUUUGCUUCAGCUUUCAGGCUCAGUUCCUGUCUGAGAAAAAUUAGAAUAGAAAAAAGCAAAGAACAAAAUGGAAUCUUGCAACCCCACUGAGCCCAAGAGUUGAAGCUUCGACACUUUGAAACUUGUUCAUUACUAUACAAUAUUUCUUAGCUACGUAUAUUGCAUAAUGUAAUAGGAAAUUGUGUAGGCAUUUUAAUAAAGGUAAUUCAAGGUUUGUAGUUCGCAAAAGGCCAUUUAAUUUUUGAGUUACCUGGGCCUCUGUAUAAAAACGAGGUUAAGUGCUCAGCCUUUGAUAUGGAAAUGAUUUAUGCAAAUAAUACUCAUUUUCACAAGAAAAGUGAUGCACUUGGCCUCAUUUUGAAAGUGAGGGCUUUUGGAACUCGGAAGUGGCCUAUUACUGUAUGUUUUGCAAGAGUCGGUACACACGCAAAUGUCCGCCAGGUGGAGAGUUUAAUAAGGGACUUCAGCAAUGCGGGGAGACAUGAACAUUCCUUCAUUUCGGCAACAGGCAUUAAAUCACGCACGGACCUAGCGCAGACUGCUUGAACGAUCGAAGAAAUCGAGACCAGGUGGACUCGCGCGUGUGUGCAUCAACACUUUUGUGGACGGCUUAUAUAAAGUGUUAUGCCUUUUUUAAAUUUUCAACCCAAUGCCUAAGAAAAUGCAUUCACGCGAUGCCCUGCACAAAUCCAAAGCGGCCCUUUGGUUGGUUAUCGAGUUCAAAGGAAUGUUUUUUCCUCAUAAAAUGCGCAUGAAAAUGUGCAUCUCUGUGAUUCGUUGGUUCAGUUUAAAAUGAUAAUGUGGUUGAAGGAAUUUAUAGUUUCAACACAAUCUGUGGUACUGCAUCGGUGAGAGAGACCAACUCACAAAAAAAAAGUUUCAUCCAUUGAGUUUAUAAAAUCAAGUCACCAACGAGAAGACCCUUUGAAAGCUGAUGUUUGGAGCAGGGCCCAUAAAGGUAUAUCCGCCUUGGUUUCGGGCGCUUGCCCCCCGCUCUGGGCAAGGGCAAACAUUCGAAACAGAGGUACUCAUUGCAGACCAGUCACAGAGCUGCUUUAAAAUGGCGCAGGUCAACUGUUAUGAAGAAUGCCUGUUAAUUAGGUAACAAAAGGUACUUAUGAUUAGCUUGCUGCUGUGUUAAACCAGCCUUAAGUAUAAAGUAACUUUCGGUUGUAGCUUUUGUUCAUUAUUGUACGUUCUUUGCCGUCAGUUGUUUAACCAACUGACUUUGAAACUUUAAAAUUAAACUGAGUUCUGUGUAUGGUAGUCAACCCAAGUUGUCUAGUGUUGUGGAAUCCAGUUUAACUUGAGACCUUUUCCUUGGCUUCUAUAGUCAAGAUUUUGAUUUGCGACAACAAUCUCAAUGGUCGCUUGAGAAAGCAGCCAAAAUUUGGGGACGCCACCACUGAUUUCUUCCUAAAAUGACGUUUGGAAGUGACUGCAGAAUUUCAUACUGGCGACGUCCUGUGUCACUACCCAGAUCUGAGUAGUGCUUCUGAUUGCAAUUUUCCCUUGGUUCUCGACCAAUCAGAAGCACUACCCAGAACUGGGUAUUGGCACCUCAACAGUAUGAAAUUUCUGCAGUCAUUUCUCGUACGUCAUUUCACAGGGAAACCAGUGGUGAUGUUGAAAAAUGUCGGCUGUUUUCUCAGGCUAUCUGAUGGUUGUUCAGUUCAGUUGAUGCAAGGUUGCGAUGCAGCUGGGUGUAGCCAUGUGGGUAGGCAAAGGCCUUGAUGUAGACACAAGCAGCUGCUCCUUUCCUAUAUAAUGGCCCUAUUUUUAUGGAGACAAAUUGUCAUGGGUAGAAGGGACAUUUCCUUACAAAAUGUGGUGAACUGUUUACGUGAGAAACAAAAAGUUAGCCUCGCUUGAAGGGUGACCCGCCCAGCCAAAGGGAGGGUGGGUGACCACAUUUCUCUACCACAAUGAUUUUGUACACUCCUAAAAAUGCAACAAUGCAUGAGCCAAAUAUAAAAGGAGGUCUGUCACGAAAAUUUACCCAAAUUCAGCCACUAGGACCUACAUGUAUGAACUGGUCACCAAAGUGGGCUUGAGACGUACUGAUAACAGCUUUUAUUAUACAACGUGACGUAACGACUUCUCCUCUCCAUUGCUUAAUUAGUUAAGCGGAGCCCCAUAGCUUAGAAAAUUUGGUAAUCAAUCCAUUCAAGAAAAUUUAGUUAUGACGACCGAACGUUGACCGUACAGACUCUGGGAGAGGGGAAAGGGAGUCAGGAGUCGGCCCUUCGGGGGAGGAGUAUGUUAUAGCUGAGGUAAAAUUUUGCAUUUAAAGCACCCCUGCUCGUUUCGGUGGUAAAACACAUGGCCGACCGGACUUUUGAAGAGAAAAACACAAACAAGCAAAAAAACAAGCCUUUCUUUCCACUAAAUUUUAAUGUCUACAUUAACCUGGAUAUUGGGGAAACAACUAGAGCGAGAAAUAAAUAACAAUUAAGACCAAUUUCGUUGGAAGAAAAACAUGAGAAUUAUAUAUAGCGGCGGUGAGAAAAUGAGAAAUGCUAGCAGCUACCAAGGUCAAAAUGAGCGGCAGUGAAAAAACAGAGUAAACAGGAGCACAACAAUUUUCUCCAUAAAACGUGUAAAUAGGAAGUUAAAAGAAGUCUCACGCUUUAGUCGUGCAAAACAACGGCGAGAAAAUGUACAAAAAAGUGUGCUGCACCUGCACAGUUAUUUCUGGCUAAUGAGAAAAAGAAAGUGUGCUGUACGUGUCAAGUUGUUUCUGGCUAAUUAGAUCCAUUGUUGUUGUUUUUUACCUUCUCUUUAGUAUUAUUCGAUUUUAUAUUUUCUUUGAGGACAGUAUAAAUAUUAAAGAAAGCUUCGCCUUUAGCCCUAGCUAAAUCGAUAAAUUAAAACACUUGAUGACGGGGAGUUCAGUAAUAGUUGACACUACAGCUGCCCCUGCUCUGUAUUUUGUCGGUCAUAGUAGCCUUGGUUUUUGAGUAGCUCUUUGAAAUACACCGAUUCGUAUUGAAGGUUUUUACACAGAAAACAUACAAUAGCUGAAAUAAAGCAGAAAACGCAAGAUUCCAUGCACUGAGUCAGAUCGAUCAUUGCGCAGCGUUGAUCAAAACAAACACCCUCAGCUCGGCGUUUUUAGAAUUUUUUCACACGCAUUCUAGUCUAGUUUCAGCACACAAUUUCUACCUUACGAGCAGAGUCUACACUUUCGCGAUGUGAGCUGCCCAGCAAAAAGUACUGCUACGCAUCAACUUUAACUGUAAACUGCAAAAAUUGAUGUAGCCUCUGCUCGCAGGGUAUAGUAAUCGUCCAUCGAUUCAUCGCGGCCCCUGUUUAAGCAAAUCGAGAUUUUUUUCUGGUAUACUAACUGCAUGUUGUAACUGUAAGUACUUUCCUGUAUAGACGCGCGCGCUACUAGGAUGCGUACAUCAUGGUAAUAUCAGGGCGGAUCCUUGAAUUGCGUAUAUUCUUGUCAUUUUAGAUUUAAUAAAAAGUACCCAACAAGUGCAUGUGUUGAGACGAUAGCCUUUUUUCGAAGGAGAGAACUCACUAAACGUUUUAAACUAAAAAACGGCUUUAUUCCAAAAGAUCCGUAUUAAACAGUGAAACAUACGGUGGCCCGUAAGGGACAUUACAAUAUAUUUUUUUGGCUUAAGUUAUCGCGCGAUAAUUUCAACUUAUAGCGCGAUAAGUUUCAAUUAUCGCGCGAUAAUUAGUCAGUUUAUCGCGCGAUAAAUUGCAACAUAUCACAUGAUAAAGAGAAGCGGAAACGUUACAUGCAUGUAUGCAUGCAUUAUCUUGAUGUUGACCCUUUCUCUAUCAUACUAAGAACGAGUAAUAGUCUAACUUUUAAGCCAACUACUACUAAAGACGUGAUAACUACCCAAAACCAGUGUCAGAUCUGGAUAUAUUUAAAGACUACUUGCUGUGUACAGCUGAACAUGGCUCUCUGAGAUCGCGUAAACCUAAACUGUACGGAGAUAUUAAAAGCAGAUACCCUAAAAUUACAGCAGCUAUGGAAAAAAUUAUUAUCUUUUUGAGCAGACAUAUCUCAUAAACGGGCUACAAGUUCAACAGGAAUACAUGCGAACUGAAUAAAUUGUCUGUUGUACAUUUUAAAGGUUCUGCUCUACUCACAUAGUUUUCCCCUGCUGAACAUAAACUGUACCGAACCGUAUCUUGGUCCGCUAUAUAGAAGCUAUAUCAUCGUUCAAAUUUUAAAAUGUAAGAUCCCUGAAAGCCUCACUGGAGGAAUAUGUAAAAGGUUUUCAAAGGUUUCACGCCGGUGAAGAUGUGCGGCCUGUCACGUACCUCUUCCAAGUUUUUAUUUACAGUAAUAUCACUAGUCCUGAGAGACAAACCGCACUGUAAAAAAAGAGUAGUAAAGACCUUUUAAGUAAGCUUAUGUUGUGGCUAUGAAAAGAGCCAUGUGUCAUACAACCAUUGCGAAGAAAUUUACAGCACACAGUUAUCAGUAAGUUAAAUAAGCAGCCUAUUCGCCCCCUAGAGAUUGUGCCGGAAACGCGUUAUGAAACUAGUUGAGCGGUUUUCUGGUCACUGAACCAUACCUGUUUUCAAACCAAAACGGCACCAAAACCAUACCCUUUGGGGCGGCACAUACCUAUAUGUGUUAUAUGAGGGAGUACUGCCCUCCCUCUCCCCCGGGAUUGUUUUCACUGUGGGACACGAGGAGAUGAUUUAUUCUCCUUAUUUCAUUGCACAAUCUGAGAGGCAUUUCGCAAGAUUGAUACGAAUGAACUUCAUGAUAUAUAAUCGUAAUUUUGCUCAGCAGACUAGGCAAAAAUUAAUUUAGAAAACCUUAAAAUAUCCACAUGAUAAGGAGGACCGAGUCCAAAUUCAUCGAAAGAAAUGAACAAAUAAUAUGUCCACCAGGGCCCGGAUCCUGAAAGGUCAAUUAGCGUUAAUACAGGAUUAAAGUUUUGUUCUUUAAAAUUGCCAGGAUUAAACUUUUGUAUUUUACAUUCCUAUUAGAUUAGGGUAUAACAUUUUGUGUUAUCAUUACUGUAUCUCUCCACACGCAACGUUCCAGUUUCUCUUUAUCAUGUGGGAAGUUGCAAUUUAUCGCGCCAUAACUGUUCAUUUUAUCGCGCGAAAAUUUUAACUUAUCGCGCGAUAACUUCAGCAAAAAAAAAAAUUGCAAUGUCCCUUACGGGCCACCGUAGAAACAAAAAUUGGCAGCUAAGAUAAAGUUUCAAUUGAAAUGAUAUCCGGCUGUUAAAAUAUUAUUAAAAAUAUGCCAAACUAAAAGUAUCCGCUAAAUUGAAGUUAGGUAAAAUAUUACUUUGAAAUUAAUUGAGUCUGCACGUAUCAUACUGCUGCUCAUACUCCAGCUGAACAAGACGCAAAAUCCAAGAACAAUGACAAAAACUAAAACAUGAUAAAUUGUUUUUUAAAAAAUAUUUUUUAAUUCUCAGUUUUUUCGGGAGAUAUUUAACAAGAAAGCUUCAAAACGCACGGCCGUUUUGGCAGAUGUUAAGAAAUUUAACGCAAAUAGUGGCUAGCUGCAUUAAAGGCAAUUAGAGUUAAUAAAUAAAACUGAAAGUGAAGGGAAGUAAAAAAAAUAACGUGCGGGCUUUAAUUUUGCUGGCUAUUGUUGUUAACUUGGAAAAUUAAUUAACACGACAACUGAUAACAGAACGUGUCAAACUGAACUGAGUAGGCUAUUAGUUCGUGACCGUGAUCUCAGCUUAAAAUUAAGACGAAAGUCGAUUAAGGUAGCAUUCUGGCAAAUUCAUCCGGCAUGGCUGGCUGUUGCUUGUCCGUUCAAGCACUCUUCUUGACCUGCCUCUUCUGGGGAGCUUGGCUAAGCUGCAUUGCUAGUGCAAAUCAAGGUAUGACUAAAGCCAACUGUUAAUAUAUGCACACAUCUUAUACAUUCACCUUCAUUCUUGUUUUGCUACUAGGUGUAAUAUUUUAUAACCCUCGCUUCCUCCCAUUCGGAAAGAAGUUGAAACUCAACAUAGGAGAGGACUACACCUGACUCUGUGCUGAGCAAAAUGAACCAUUCAGGUCCCAUGAUUUUUGGAUGAAGUUGUGGAUACAGUAUACUACUACGUACAAUGUCAUGCGGUACCCUAAAAGCAAAAACUAUAAGCUAGAGAAAAAGCCAAAGCGGGCUAGAUUACGAUGUAACAGGAACAAAAUUCUUAAGACGGUUUUGACGGCACUGGACAAGUCUUUUUGAAAUGACUUUUAUGUUUUUAUUUAAAAGUCAUUAUCGUUUAGUUCAAAAUGUUUUACCACAUACUCCCAAAUUUGUUACAACCAUAAGGAAAGAAAAUGGUUGAGAACUUAAAAUAAAAAAACUACAACGAAUAUCUGAAAAGUUCAUAACUCAAGCUAAGGGUUAAUGAGAGAAAAACACAGACCGGCCGAAGCUAUGACAGGAAAAGUUUUGUUAGCACUUUUAUGAAUCAUACUUCAAGUUGGUGCGGGUAAGGGUUCUGCUGUAUGCAGUUGCUCUGCAUUGUGGGACCCGUUACCUUAUAGCAGUCCUAGCACGCCCGACUGCUCAGGUGCCCCGUUGGGCGGGGAACGUUUCCGGGGGGCCAGGUUCGAUUCCUGGGCGAUUUUGGCGUACUGGUGUACCCUCCUUCAGGCGUUGCUCGACAGAGCCAUUGCACUCCGGCUCUGUUAAGUAUCGUGAUGUCGUUCGGCCAUUGCACUGACCAUUGCACUACCAGGUCCGGGUCGAGGGCGCCUGAAAAAAAAAAAAAAAAAAAAAAACUUCAAGUUAUUCAUGCAAACCUUUCUCUUUUGAGGACAAACAAUGAUUCAACUGAACCUUUCCCACGUAGCAGAAGAAAAAACGCUAAAACUAUUCUUACUUGGAAUCAGUAUCAGACAUUCUUUUGGGUCCAGACUGCACUGAGGCUAACCUUAAACCUUUGAAGAAAAUCCAUAUCUAGUGCAAUUUUAGACGCGUAUUUUUAUGCAUGAUAUUCAACUAGGAAAGGGAAAAAAGUGACAAGAAAAAUGCAGCUGCGUUGUUGAGCUUACGACACAAACGAUCAUGUACAGCAACAUAGAUUAGCCUACAAUUUUUGUGUCCGCCCAAGGGGGAUGGGGGAUGUGUUUCUAGAACCACAUCAGUUGGAAAUUAAAAACUGUUUUCAAAAAAAAACCUUGAAAUUCGGUGUCGAAUUUUAGAAGGGAUAGGAUGAUCGAGAUGGUUUAAGGGCUUUAUAGUUUCUUUCUCUUAUACUGAACUUUAAAUCAAUAAUUAAACGAGUGUGCAACUACAUCAAUUUGACGUUGCCGUGGAGACGACAAAGCUUGCCCUUUGAAAUGCAACAAUUUACUCACUGCAUAAAAGAUUGUAAACUAAAAGAAAGGUUGAAAUUAAGCGACAACAGUUUGACGGUUGUCAUGACGUAUUUUAUUUAAAUUCCUAGUCAGUGAUCCUUCAAGAAACUUAUUAAUUAGUUAUUUCGUUUUGUUAUUUACUUCGGUCGGUGGGAAAGCUGCUGUAGGUUGUCUGACGGCUUCGACGUGGCAGACUAUUAUUUCUAGCGAAAUUUUUUGGGGAAAAUCCCUUUUGUCAUUCAAAAACUCGCUGGGGCAGGCAAAAGUCUGAAAGUAGAAAAAAAAAUAACUAAAAGCUUCCAACAUACCUCACAUCAGUUCUCUCUCCGGCGAUCGAUAGCUUCUGAUCAUUUCACAGAUACUCCAUUUUAGUUCCAAAGUUUUUUAAAUUCAUUGUGGAAUAUUUAACUGCUUAACAUUCGUGGUAACCUGUUCUUGUUGUUGUUGUUGGUGGUGGUGUUAUGUUUUUGUCUAGCAAGCAGUCUGCAAAGGAUCGGUUACCCAUUUAUAAACAAUCACGGUCGAGAAGCGUGGGAGAACGAAAGAGUGCAUUGAUGUUUUUUUAACGUGUUCUCUGGAUUAACGUGAGUGAAAUUAGUAGUGGAAUAUUAAAAAAAGGCUAAGUGGUUGAGACGCUCUGCGUUCAGUUAAUCUUACAAGUGUGGUGGGUGAGGGCGACCUUGAAAGCUGCUGGCAGACCUGGAAAGACCUAUUUCUUGCUGCGGUGAAAGACAAUAUUCCAACCAAGCGAUUAGCCAGACGGACUAAAACAAUUCAAAUACGCUAUGUGUGGAGGCGUAGUUUGUUCAUGAAAACGGAGAAAAUCUCCUGUUUCAAAACAAAAUAUUUGGAUAUAUGUGGACAAGGCUUAAUUUAGCUUCAGUGGUAGUGGUUGUGUUGAAAUAAGCCAAGGAGACUUCGUUUCAAAUUGACUUUCAUUGCUCGUUCUCAUUAAACUGAGGAGAGUAUUUCUGUCUGAUUUCGGGCGCAGCCCGGCUCCAGGCCAGUGCAGUGUCCAAAACAGUAGCGGGCUUGCCGUCUUGGUCGGUACAGGGACUGCCCUAACAGUGGGUGGGUGGAUCAGGUCGGGGGGAAAAACUAGUGGGGUAGCUAUUUUGACACAACCCCUUCAGUAAGCAGCAGUGUUCACUAGAGGCUUUGACUGGCAAGUACCUUGUUCUUACUUUGGCCUAGCCAACUGAAUCAGGCCUCCGCUGAGAAUGAUUAUCAUGAUAAUUGCAGAGCUCAGUGGGAGGCGAAGACAGUCACCCAUUGUCCUGGGUGGGUGCAUGUGGGGGGGGGGAAUGAAAGUCCUACCAAGGACACACUUGGCAUAGGACCUGUAGACACUCACUGAAAACAUGUUUACAUAUUCUAAAUUCAGUCAGAUUUAUAUCACGUCCUUGUUUGUUACUUUAUUUUGCAGAGUUCUCCAACUAUAUAAACCAAAAAAAGAACGAGAUAAAUAAGAAACAGGAAGGAGCCAGGAAAUUACUCGUUGAAUUCGUAAGAGAAAUUGAAGACAGGUGCAAAGGUAAGAAGAGGAGAAUCCUGAGAAAACCGGAACAGCGCGCGCGAGCACGUCGACUUCUUGAUGACUGGAUUGUUGUUGUACCGGACAUUCUGGGGUCUCCAAGGAUGGGAAAAGCACUAAAAUAAGUCAAAAAGCUAAAGACCUCUGAGCUAAGUCGACCUCCUUAAAAAGAGAAAAAUACUUUCUGAGCACAAUGGGGUCGGCAUUAUUGGGAGCAUGAACUGGAAAACUACAAAAAAAUCUUCGAUAUGAUUUGAUUAUCAUAAUUUAAAAUUCUGUAGUGUUAUAUAGACAUCCGAUUUGUUUCAUUCGCGGAUGAGCCAGUUUUAGAUGUGGCUACUAAUACUAGCCAGUUCAGAAGAACAAAAUUCCAAAGAAGCCAUUUGCAUGAUUAGCCUCAUCCUCUAGCCUAACCGUGCUCCACGGUACCUGGUAAUUGUACUUGACAGGCCCCGUUUAUUUGAAGCCGAGCGUUGUCCCGGAAGGAAUACAUUGACUCGCAUUAGCAUAAAAAGGCCAAUUUAUAACAUUAGGGACCGGUCAUUAUUUAUGUGGGGGGGUUGGCGGAGGGGAAAUCAUGGGGUGGGCCAAAAGAGAAUUUCACGAUGAUUGUGGGUGGGUCAUUGUGUGUUUUGUAAAUAAUCACACUCACUACAAUUCAUGUGGAAGAUCUAAAUAAAUUCUAAUGCAAUGCUGGACAUAAAAUAUAGCACAACUGGAUGUCACAUGUAGCAAUCCAACCUAAGUAUGGAGAAUCAAAGAUGUGGGCACUAAAUGUCAAUAAAUAAACAUAAGCCCUAUUGAGAAGGCUUGCAUGCUUCCUUUUCUUACUAUAACUGUCUGGGAACUUUUACUACCUGAAGCGUGAACAGCUAGAAAUCAUUAUUGGCUUCAAGAAUGGAUUAUUGAAUUCAUUCCUCAAUUUAGUGAAAGCAAAUUUUUCGAAUCAAAAACAGUUUGAAAAUUCGUUUUUUAAUUGAAUGACUAUUUUUUGUUUAAUGACUUCAAUAAAAAAGCAAAUUUUUUGAAACUGGUUUUGAUUUGAAUAUUGCAAAACUUAUUUUUUCAAUAAUCGAUUAAUGAAAUCAAUAAUGAUGUCUAGGUGUUCAAGCUUCAGAUAGUUUGACUGUCAUACUGUAACAAUACAAGAAGGCACAUCAACAAGAAGUGGCCACAGAGUAGGACACUGGUCCACAAGAUAUGCUGAUUUAUUAGGCCAGGAUUUUUUGACCAGGGUUGCCGAGAAAGCUCGGCCUUGGAAGUAACAAAGCCAGGAAGGCCAAGCUUUGGUGGCCAAGGUUGCCAAGAAAGCUUGGCUGUGGCCAUACUUGCCAGGCUUAGGCCGCAUUUUCCCGGUAAGCCUGGCCAAAAACCCGGAAAGGCUGGCCAGGUUUUUGGCCGGGCUCCUGAUGCAAGGGCGGGAUUUAUGCUUGUUUUAUUGUUUUCUUUUUUAUAGUAGACCUGGAUGAAUGCAAGGAUAAAAUUCAUCAGUGUGACGUCAAUGCCAACUGUACCAACAUUCCUGGCUCAUAUAACUGCACGUGCAGGCCUGGCUACACAGGAAAUGGGAGCAUUUGUAAUGGUAUAAUUAGCUACCCAAGCCUUCACUUCAUUUUUUUGCAAGUAGUUAUGUUUUCCUUGUAACUUAAUAUUUUCUACUUCCUCUAUAAAUUGAUGAGUGCAAGGAUGGAAGCCAUGAUUGUCACAUAAAUACGAAUUGUACAAACACAGCUGGCUCUUACAACUGCACAUGCAGGCCUGGCUACACAGGCAAUGGGAGCAUUUGUAGAGGUAAAAAUUUGGGAAGACCUGAGAUAACCAAGACCUCAACCAGGUUGUGGCGUCCAGUGGUUUUAGUGAAAACAAGGAUUUGGGUGCCCGUGGGGUGCUCAGUCUCGCGGGCUCAUAUAACCUGGUCUCAGUCAUUCUUAUUUAAAGAUUUUCAAAAAUUUUCCGACUAAUUUUUAUGACGCGCCUUUAUAGAGUCGGGGCUUAUAGCUCCCUUUGAUACUCUUUCCCUAGUUACACUUACACUUAAAACCAUGAAGAUGGUCACAUAAUUGUUACAGCAGUAAGCGCUCGAUCUCAACGAUCUUACGAAAGCAGUCUUUUACCUGCUCUUUGAACUUCAUCUUUUUAAAGGUUCUGUGAUUCCAAUAUAGGAGGUAGGUUUAUGUGUAAUUCUGGAAUUUUGGUUUUUCAGAUGUUGAUGAAUGUGCUGACAACUUACAUGACUGCGACGCUAAUGCAAAGUGUAAAAACAUCCCGGGAUCCUAUAGCUGUGUUUGCAACCCACCAUAUAAUGGAGAUGGGAAAAAGUGC